UUGUUAAGGUUGUUUGAGAGUUAAUAUAUUCCAUUUAUGUCGGGUUUUUCUUUUUUAAGUUAAUAAUGAAAUAUUCUUUUUUUAAUAUUCUCUUUUUUUACUUUAUACUUAUCUGAUACAAUACACAAAAAAUUUAAAAUUAUGUAUUAAUACUGAAUACAUAAAAUGUACUAGUAUUCCCGAACCUAAAUUCUGCACACAAAUGGCACAUUUUGGUAUCAACGAUCCUGUAAGAGCUAUUAAAUUGGAUUACACUACUUGUAUUAUUUUGUACGAUAUGAACGACUGUACUGGAAAAGACUUAAUUGUGCGUGACGAUAUUUAUGAUCUGUUUGAUAAACAGUACAAUAUGGGAAACAUGGUUUCAUCUAUCGGUCCUUGCACUACUUUAGGAAGAAAAAUUUUUGGAAAAUUCAUUUCACUUGGCAAUUCAACAUUUAUAAAUAAUGAUAAUAUCGUUGGAUCAAGCGGUGAAAAUAUAGUAACUUCUCAAAUGAAUAUUUCACUUGAAUAUAUUCAGUCAUUCGGGAGCAUAGUAAAUUUUUUAAAUUCUUUAAACGAAAAAUUAACACGCAUAGAAGCUAAAAUAAAUUCUAAUAGUAAUAAUUAUGUAUCAACAACCGAGUUAGCUAAUGAAAUAACUACUACAACACCAUUAUCAGAUUGAGGCUUCAAUUAUACAUUAAAGCAUUCAGAAACUAAGGUAACUAAGGGUACUCUCAGGUUUUUAUUGUGUGUGACAAUUUACUAAUUUUUUUGUCUAUUCAAUAUCAUGGAUUUAUUUAUAAUGGAAAUUAUAGUUUUAAAUAAAAAUACUGUAUACAAUAUAAUUUAUGUAUUGGAAUAUAUAUUGGUAGAAUAUAUAGUGUUUGUUUUUA